UCCAGUCAGGGCAGGCGGUAGCAGAGCCGUGAUCAAAAUGAACCUGAUAAAUAUGGACGCGGAGAACCGCGUGGUUCUUAACGUGGGUGGGAUACGGCAUGAAACAUAUAAGGCAACCUUGAAGAAGAUCCCGGCGACGAGGCUCUCGAGGUUAACUGAAGCCCUCGCGAACUACGAUCCGAUCCUCAACGAAUACUUCUUCGAUAGGCACCCAGGAGUCUUCGCUCAGGUUCUCAACUAUUAUCGCACUGGAAAGCUCCAUUAUCCCACGGACGUCUGCGGGCCACUCUUCGAAGAAGAACUCGACUUUUGGGGUCUCGACUCCAAUCAAGUCGAACCUUGUUGUUGGAUGACAUAUACCCAGCAUCGGGACACGCAGGAAACGCUGACGGUCCUGGACAGGUUGGAUUUGGACACGGAGAAGCCGACGGAUGAGGAACUGGCCAGAAAGUUUGGCUUCGAGGAAGCCUAUUACGAGGGCACUCUCACCUGGUGGCAAAAACUCAAGCCUCAAAUGUGGUCGCUCUUCGACGAACCGUACUCCUCUCCUGCCGCCAAGGUAAUCAGCAUAGUUUCGGUCUUCUUCAUCUGCGUCUCCAUACUGUCAUUCUGCCUGAAGACUCAUCCUGACAUGCGAGUGCCAGUGAUAGUGAAUCGGCCGGUGAAAGCGGGCAACAUGACGUCUUGGGUGCUCGACAAAACGCGCACGAACGCCCACGACGUCUUCUUCUACAUCGAGUGUGUCUGCAACGCUUGGUUUACUCUGGAGUUCCUUAUACGGAUAACAGCAAGUCCAAAUCGUUGCGUCUUUAUAAAAAGUUCGGUCAAUUUGAUCGACAUGGUGGCAACAUUGAGUUUCUACCUUGACUUGGCAUUGCAACGAUUCGCAUCCCAUCUGGAAAACGCGGACUUUCUUGAAUUCUUGAGCAUCAUACGUAUAAUGAGGCUGUUUAAGCUCACCCGUCAUUCAUCCGGCCUGAAGAUUUUGAUCCAAACGUUCCGUGCCUCGGCAAAGGAACUGACCUUGCUGGUAUUCUUUCUUGUCCUCGGCAUCGUGAUAUUCGCAAGUCUGGUGUACUACGCCGAGAGAACCCAAUCAAAUCCAGAGAAUGACUUUAAGAGCAUACCUCUCGGCUUAUGGUGGGCUCUUGUGACGAUGACCACGGUUGGUUACGGAGACAUGGUACCGAAAACGUAUGUGGGAAUGUUCGUAGGCGCGCUAUGUGCCCUGGCCGGUGUCCUCACGAUCGCCCUGCCGGUGCCCGUGAUCGUCAGCAACUUUGCGAUGUAUUACAGUCACACGCAGGCGCGAGCCAAGCUACCAAAGAAGAGACGUCGUGUCUUACCCGUCGAACAGCCAAGGGUCAGGGCGCCAGGCGCGCCUCCCGGUGUUGGACCAACUGGCAUUGGUGCUACUGGUGUUGGUGGAACCGUUGGUGGACCUCCUGGAGUUGGAGGACAUGGACCGGUCAGCCAACACGCCACGACCGGUGGGGGCCCUCCGUCCUCUGGCGUCACGCAUGGACAACCAGCUGGUGGUUGCCCUCCUCCUCAUCAGGGGCCUCAGAACCGUAGGAUGAACGCCAUCAAGACCAAUCAUCCCAAGGAUCCCUUCGCUACCAAAUCAGGUACCCUGACAUUCUCUCUCUUUCUCUCUUCUUUACUUUCCAAUCUUUUUCAAAACCCUUCCUCUUCUUCGUGUAGUCGUGUAGUCGAUUUUCCUUUUUCUCGUACGGUGGGUUCCAGAGGAAGACCGGAGGAACUCUAACCUGCGGACCAACGGGACCAA